AUGUCCAACGGCGUCGACUCCGCCCUUCCUCCCAAGGGAGACACCUCCUGGAAGAUCACCAACAAGAUCGCAAAGGCCGAAAAGGAAGGCCGCAUCUGGUGGAGCUUCGAGUACUUCCCCCCUCGUACCGCUCAGGGUCUCACCAACCUCUACGAUCGUAUCGAGCGCAUGGCCGAUCUUGGUCCCGAGUUUGUCGACAUCACCUGGAAUGCCGGCGGUCGCACCUCCGAUCUCACCGCUUCCCUCGUCAAGACCGUCCACACCUACAUCGGUCUCGAAACUUGCAUGCACCUCACCUGCACCAACAUGCCCCGCGAAAAGAUCGACACCGCGCUCAAGGAGGCAAAGGAGUUCGGUUGCCGCAACAUUCUCGCCCUCCGCGGUGACCCUCCUGCUGGUCAGUCCGAGUGGGAACCCCACGCUGCUGGCUUCUCCCGCGCAAAGGAGUUGGUAGAGUACAUUCGCGAGCAGUACGGCGACUACUUUGCCAUCGCUGUCGCCGGCUUCCCAGAGGGUCACCCUGAAGCUGUCGACGGUGCCGACUUGGAGCUCCAGCGCCUCAAAGAAAAGAUCGAUGCCGGCGCCGAUUUCAUCUUUACACAGAUGUUCUACGAUUUCGACAUCUUUGCAAAGUGGGUCAAGGACGUCCGAGCUGCAGGCAUCAACUGCCCCAUCAUCCCCGGUGUCAUGCCCAUCCAAACCUACGGUGGUUUUCAGCGUGCAACCGCUCGCUUCGGUACCCUCGUUCCACAAUACUUCCACGAUGCUCUCGAUCCCGUCAAGGACGACGACCAAAAGGUGCGAGAGAUCGGCACCCGCCUCGUCGGCGAAAUGUGCAAGAAGAUCGUCGGCACCGGUCUCGGCAUCAGCGGACUGCACAUCUACACCAUGAAUCUCGAAAAGGGCUCGCGCAUGUUGCUCGACUACCUCGGCCUCACUCCUUCGGUCAACCAGGUCAGCCCUCUUCCAUGGACGCCCAGUCUCACUCCCAAGAGGCGUGACGAGAAGAUUCGUCCCAUCUUUUGGGCAAACCGUGCCAAGAGCUACGUCAACCGCACAGAGACCUGGGACGAGUUCCCCAAUGGUCGCUGGGGUGACGCUCGUUCGCCCGCAUACGGCGAUGUCGACGCGUACGGUGUCAAGCUCCGUUACUCUAACGACGAGGCAAAGGAGAUGUGGGGCACACCCACCUCUCUCCAAGAUGUCAAGGCCCUCUUUCAGAAAUUCUGCGCAGGGCAGGUCAAGGCACUUCCAUGGUCCGAGACGCCCGUCGCACGCGAAACCUCGGUCAUCAGCGAAAAGCUCACCAAGAUGAACCAGCUCGGCUUCCUCACUAUCAACUCGCAGCCCGCCGUCGACGGUGCUCGCAGCGACGACAAGGUGCACGGCUGGGGCCCCAAGAACGGCUACGUCUACCAGAAAGCGUACCUCGAAUUCUUUGUCUCACCUCAAGACCUCGACGCUUUGAUUAGCAGGAUUGAGGCCGACCCGCAGAUCACCUACCACGCCGUCAAUUCGCAGGGCGACAUGCGCACCAACACCAACUCGGAGGCGCCCAACGCCGUCACCUGGGGCGUGUUCCCACAUUGUGAGAUCAUCCAGCCCACCAUUGUCGAGUCGAUCUCGUUCCUCGCCUGGAAGGACGAGGCUUACGAGAUCGGCAGGAACUGGGCAAAGGUGUACGAGCCGUCGUCGCCAUCGCGCAAGUUCCUCGAAGACAUGUUCAAUAGCUACUUCCUAGUCAAUGUGGUGCACAACGACUUCAAAGCAAACCACUCGAUCUUUGAACCAUUCCUUAGCGCUUCCAAAGCUACGUCGACGGCCAAUGGCUCGCUUAACGGCGUUGCCUCGACCGUCGGCAACGUAGCUGGUCAAGUCGCCGACUCGCUUUCAUCGCUUGUCAAAGGCAACGGCUACUCCAGCGGACACGCUCCCGCACCUGCGCCUGCAGCGUGA